AUGGGCGACCAUCCCGACGGCGUGGGAGCCACGCAGACGCCCCCGCCGACGGGCGAGGCUUCUAGCGUGGUGUCGGGGCAGACGACAAGCUCCACGGUGCCGCUUCGUCGAUAUCCCGACGACGAGGAGGCCGCUGCGCCGUAUCGAGACCACCCUGAAGGAACCUACCAUGACCUCGCCCAGGACCACGACGAUGACCCCCCUCCGAGCUACACCGUCGUCGACAACGAGGGUCCUUACCCCAAUCCGUUCGACUUUGUUGGGUCCAGCCUCGGACUGGAACCUUUUAGUGAAGACUCGGAUCACAGAACCGUCUACUACCUCGACAAGCGCCUUGACACGGACCCGACUUUUCUGGAGCAGCACAUCAAAGACCUAGCAAAGGAGCCUCCUCGACCAUAUGUUCGCAUUCAAGGACUGCAUCGGGAGUCGAAGAAGUCGGGCAAGGAGCGAGAGGACAAGAGCGUAGUCGACUUUGACUUUCACAUCGACUUGACGCCCCUGCUGUACGAGGAGAUGGCUACCCGACGCUCCUGGGAGAGAUUGCUGGCUGUCAAUAACUUUGACAAGGUCCGUCGCGGAACUGUCAUGACGACUAGGGCGCCGGGUUUUGGAGGCAGUGGACCACCUGAGGAUGGUACACCCGGCGUUUCUGAGUGGUGCGAGCGUUAUUGCAACAGCAAGGCGGGCCUCAAGGCCUUUGUCCUGGAACGCCGCAUCACAGGCUGGGACUUUGCCCUCGUGGGAUCCAAGCUCAACAACCUGGUGAGGGCCACAAACUACCGAGGUCAGCUUAACAUUACGUUCCCGACAACACAUGCGCGCGUUGAGCUGUACAACGACUGCCGUACCAACCGCUGGCGCCUAACGCGGUGGGUCUCGCUGGCUUUUUACUUCACCUUCCUUUGGCUCUUUUCGUGGCCUUGGCUUGCGAGCAGGACAAAGUGGUUUGAGACGGUUUACGUCGAGUGGCCCAUGAGCCAACCCGACAGGCAGGGCACGCUGCGAUACGCGUGUAUGAGUGAGGAUCGAUGGUACCGUCUGUGGCGCCGUCCGAUAGAGCAGGCGGUACUGGCACGACGCCAGGGAAGACUGAGCCAGGACGAUAUCGACGAGGCCUAUCACGCGCCAGGGGCAGAUGACUUUGCCAGAGGCGUGAGGGCAGGACUGGAGGUUGUGCAGAGGACGUUUGGUUGGGGAGGCGACGUGGACAGCACCUGCAACUCAUCCUGCAGCAUCAGGAGCUGA